UUUCCCUCAAAAAGCCCCCAAAUUAUUGAGAGACAUCGACUGUGUCUUGGCAAUUCAAGCUCAUCAAAUCUGGGAAAGACUUUGGCCCUUGCGGCGAUUCACGACGUCCUCAUCGACCUGAAGACAAUCGUCUGGUUUGCUCAUCUUUGCUACGUCAAGCUUGCCCCACCGAUUUUUCUUCGACUCCCCAUCACUCGAUCUCUUUUUGCUUUUACGACCACGCCUUCUUUUGACCCUUCCGCCCAAUCUCCGCCCUUAGGUACCGCAACCAUUGCACACCUAAAGAUACUCCCAGUGCCAAAGUCACCGGCGACCUUCAAUCGUGGUUUGAUACAGGUGGUUUUGCCUUAG